GGCAGCCCGAGCAGGCGUGGGGCAGCCCUGCCCUGCAUGGAGGAGCCCCAUGGCACGGGGCAGGCUGUGUCCGUGGCCUGGGCGGACGGCCCCGGCGCACGGGAUCGACAUCCGGACGGGGAGCGAGAGGGCAGCAAGGCUCCCCCCAGUAAAACGGAGUUUCAGAUGAUGGAGGGGACGCUGGAGAGGAAGCACGUUCUGCAGACAGGAGGUAGAAAGGCGACCUGCCGCGCCUGGAGCCUGUUCCACGCGGUGCUGAUGAGGCAGACGCUGUGCUUCUAUCAGGACCGGAGGGACAGCCUCAAGAGCUCUGUGGUGGCCCUUCCCCUGAACCUCUCCGGGGCGAUCUGCACCCCUGACACAGAGUACACCAAAAAGACCAACUGCUUCAGACUACAGCUACGGGAUGGCUCUGAGUAUCUUCUGAGGGCCCCAUCCCAGCUGCUCAUGAAUGAGUGGGUCUCCAAGCUGCAGCAGAACUCAGGUUUCCCCGAAGUGGAUUACUUCCAGGCAGCAGCACAGAGUGUCGAGGGCGCCAGCUCUGCUGUGGGUUUCAGCAAGGUCCCUGGGCCUGGAAGCUGCCAACUCCAGGGACACCCUCAGGCUGUGACUGCCAAGAACCAAGAGGUCGUGGUGCUACCCUGCUCAAAUACCAGGCUGCAGCUGCCUUUCGGGAGCCAGGAUGGCCCAGUGGACGUGGCAGCGUCCUCAGCAGAGGGUGUUCGUGGAGCUGCCAGUCACUCAGCCGGGCACAGGGAGCACCAGUGGUCACCCAGUGGGUCCCCUGGGUCAUGGGACAACAGCUGCCCAGAUGACGACUAUGGGUUGGUGGCUAACAAGAGGAGGUCCUACUCAUUCACCUCAGCCACCUACCAGAAGAUCACGCCCGUGGCGGUGCCCAAGGAGCCCAUGGAGGCCGGGAGCAGGUACUCCGUCACGGCGGAACACGCCCCGCCCGCCCCCGGGACGCGCUGCCACUCAUUUGUGGCCAGGCCGGGGAGCCCGCGGGAGGUGCUGGGGGAGAAGACCCAGGGCCCCCCUCGCCCCAAGAACAAAUCUGUCUUCAAGAAGUUCUUUGGGAAGAAGGAGUGA